AUGAUUACGAUGCCCUUAGGAUUUUCUAUAACCAGUUUUAUUGGUUUUAUCGUUGGAUGGUCAUCAAAGGUUAUCUGUAGUAAAGAAAGUUGGAAUCCAUUGGAACUGUUGAAUACAUUUCUCAACAAUAUGCUACAGUCAGCUACACGUGUCGGCGUAUUUUUCAUUUCACUUUGUCUAACACAAUUAGAUGUAAACAUUGCUGCUAACAGUAUUUCUGCAGAAUCUGAAGAAUUAAAUUUAACAUCGUUCCCGAACAACACAAAUUACACAAUACUUAAAGUACCCAAAGUAUACAAGGUAUCCACACUACACAAGCCACUCAAAGUACACCAAGCAUACAUACUAUCCAUUUUUCCAUCUACACAUAUAAUGCUAUAUUUGAUGUAUAUGAAACAAGCUGAAUACUGAACUUUCAACGUUCAGAUUUGCUUUUAGGAUGAUUUAAAUAAUCGCUCACACAAUCGAUUAUCAACUGAGAACUGUCUGUGUUGGUAGUUCGAUUGUUCAACAUAAGAAGUUCAAUAGACAAUUUAAUAGGAUCUAGACGUUCAACAACCUCCUUUCGAAUUGUAUCAUACAAAUUACAGUGAAGAAGAAAAUGCUCUAUUGUUUCCU